AUGAGCUGGAAGGCUGGAUUUUGGGCGUUCGUUCGAGAUGACCGCGUCAUGCUACUCAGUCUGGGCUUGGCCGCCUUCAGCGUCGUCAACACCAUGGUCACAGUUUUGACAAUGAUCCGGGAUGAUAACGAAAUACCUCCAGCAGAGCCCAAAACACAAUAUAUCACGCAAGACACAGAAGACGCCCUUCAGCUUCACACGUUGACCAAGCUUUUGGAGCACCCCAAUUUCUCGAUACGCGACACUUGCACCAAGAUCCUCUGCGACAGGGCGGUGAAUGAUCCCAGCGCCAUUGCAUAUUUACUGUAUGAGCAGAGCCUCGAGGACGCAGAUUUGCCCGUUGUCACUAAUAUUCACUGGGACGAAUACUACCUACGCGACACGGCCGAGAGGUUUUGUCUAAAGUUUCUUCAGGAGCUAACAAGCAAGUAUGGCGCAAAGUCGCUUGUCAAGGCAAAAUUUGUGGAAAAAUGGUUAGCCAAGCAAAAAUGGGGAGAUACGCCAAAGAAGAGGAAGGAAAACUUCAAGGCUUACAGGAAGGUACGCAACAACAGGAUCGUGGACAUAAUCGGCAGAGUUGAGUAUUGCCGCCGCGGGCUGCUGGCGCUGGAGAGAUCGGGCUUAGUAGAGAUGGACAACUCGCGGCGCACCCGUGAGCUGCCGGACCUCCUGAUGGAAGUUGGCGGCGAGAUACCGGCACUUCCGACAGAAGGCCAUGCUCGAAGGGCUCGGGAACAUUCGGCCGAGGAGCGAAGGCUACGGAGACAACAUCGAGAGGCGAUGGUGUUGAAUGAUGGAACUCGACCGCUGGCACGUGAAGAUAUCAUUGAGCGAGACCACGGUUCCCCUGAUUGA